GUUUCGCCUGGAAAGUUUCGUGCUCCUUAAAAUCAGCCUUCGCACUGUCAUAGUUGAUUGAACGAGGUGUGCAACUAAAUCAAACAUCGGAUAUAAUGCUUAAGUAGAGCAGCGCCGUCCGGGUCUGGAAGCGGGUCACUGAUUAGGUUUUGAGUGCACGUGCGUUGUGAAUCUAUUAAUGGAAAAGACGCAGGAAGAUCUGCUUCUUCUUUAUGCUGAAGAGGGAGAUUGUUCUCUUCUCCAGAAGCUGCUUCUUUCAAGUAUAGACAAAAACAACUCGCUUGACAUUAAUUACAGAUCCAGAUCUAAAAGCACAUUGGGAUGGACAGCCCUUCAUCUGGCCUGUAACUCUGGCCACAGGGAUGUUGUGAAGGAGUUACUCAAGGCAGGUGUGGAUGUGAAUUUGCAGAACAGCAUGGGUGACACCCCUCUGCACAUAGCUGCAUGCAUUGGAAGAAAGGAGAUUGUUCUUCUGCUGCUUCGGUAUGAUGCCUGUUCCAGUAUAAUUAAUGCAACAGCUAAAAUCCCCAAAGAGGUCACAGAAGAUGAUGAAAUCAUUACCAUGCUGGAGGCUGCAGAAAGGAGGGAGAUGAGGCAGAGAGAGGAAAGGCUUCUGGAAUCUGCUAGAGAAGGGGAUCUCGCCACUCUGUCUAAACUGCUCAGUGCUGAAGAGGCUCCUGAUGUCCACUGCAAGGAUUCACUUGGAAAUACGCCAUUACACUGUGCAGCCUACAGGGGGCAGAAGCACUGCAUUAUCAAACUGCUCAAGUUUGGAGCCAGCCCAAAUAUUAGAAACAGCAAUAAUCAGACUGCACGGGACUUGGCUCAAACAGAUGAACUCAAACAGAUGAUGGCGGCCAAUCAAGUUCAGGAUGUAAGCUGGGGUGUGCAGAAGGUUGAGGGCGCUCUCUGGAAGAGUUCACGUUUUCUUGGGUGGCGAUCUCACUGGGUUGUCAUUGAAAAUGGAACGAUUUCCUGGUACCCCAGACAAGCUGAUGCACGAGCAGGAGUUAGAAAACAGGGGUGUAAAUCUCUUUCACAAGCCUAUUGCAUGGUGAAACCAUGGGAUCACUGCUUCUUCAUGCUCAGGUGCUUCGACGACACUGUGCAUAAUUUCAAGGUGCCCUCAAAGAUGGACUCCAUAGCAACAAGGAAGAGAUGGCUUGAUGCUUUGGACCAGCAUGCCUCGUACAGCACUCAUCACUUCAACCAAGACCAGAUUAAAGCGGAUGCAGGUCGCGGUGGUGACGUGGAAAUGAAGAACCUGACACAAGCAGCUCAGGCAGCUAAGGCCUGCCAGCAGAAACUGGAGAAUGAAGUGUCAAUAUUUGAGUCCAUGGUGAAGAACGAGGAGCAUUUUGGUUUGGACACACGUCUUCUACAUAAAGCCAAAGAGACCAGCAAGCUUUCAAGUAAAACUUUUGAAGCUCUCCAACUGUGGUUUGAGCUGCUAUCAAAACAUGAAGAGGUGUGGAGCCUGAAGGUAGAACAGGAGGAGGAGAAGAACAAAGCUCUGACAGAGGCCCUGAAGACUUUGGCUGCUGAGCACAACGAACUGAAGCAGUCUUUAAGUCUAAGCAGCAGGUCAUCUACACACUGUCUCCGCUCCGAAGAUGACUUCUAUGAUGCCGUGUCAGAGUCUGAAUCGGAGCUUUCUGUGAGCGGCUUCUUGUCUGUGGCUAGUUACUCCUGGGACGAGGACGAGGGUAGAGACACCCCUCUACAAAACAGCCUCCAUCAUCCCAGUGCACACCGUUGGGCUGUCGGCAUGUCAGGGGAGGGGAACGAUGGCAACAAGGCUGCCCGGCACAACGGAAGGAAGCACAGAACAUCUCUACCGGCUCCAAUGUUCUCCAGGAAUGAUGUCAGCGUCUGGAGUAUCCUGAAGAAAUGCAUCGGCAUGGAGUUAUCAAAGAUUGCCAUGCCCGUGGUCUUAAAUGAGCCGUUGAGCUUCCUGCAGCGGCUUACAGAAUACAUGGAGCACACCUACCUCAUCCACCAAGCUAAUGCUGCAACAGAUUCAAUUGAGAGGAUGAAGUGUGUUGCAGCGUUUGCUGUUUCAGCUGUAGCUUCACAGUGGGAGAGGACAGGAAAGCCCUUCAACCCACUAUUGGGGGAGACAUAUGAGCUGAUCAGAGACGAUCUUGGCUUCAGGUGGGUGUCUGAGCAAGUGAGCCAUCACCCUCCGAUCAGUGCCUUUCACGCUGAGGGCCUUAAGGAGGAUUUUCUCUUUCAUGGUUCCAUUUAUCCCAAACUGAAGUUCUGGGGGAAGAGCAUAGAGGCUGAGCCCAAAGGAACCAUCACCCUAGAGCUACCCAAAUAUAAUGAAUCAUACACCUGGACAAACCCCACCUGUUGUGUCCACAACAUCAUUGUUGGUCAGCUUUGGAUUGAGCAAUAUGGGAACGUGGAAGUCAUCAAUCACAAAACUGGAGAGAGGUGCAGCAUGACAUUCAAACCAUGUGGUCUCUUUGGAAAAGAGCUCCAUAAAGUGGAAGGAUACAUUCAAGACAAAAGUAAAAAGAAGGUCUGCGCAAUAUAUGGAAAAUGGACUGAGUGUCUGUACACAGUCGACCCAGCAAAUUUUGAUGCCCACAAAAAGAUGGAUAAAAAAAACUUGGAGGGAAAAAAAAGCAACAAAGAGCCUCAGAGCAACGUUGAUGAGGAGUCAGAAGAAAAGCCUCCACCUGAUGCCGAGACAGUUCAGGUGAUCCCUGGAAGUGAGCUUAUCUGGAAAAUUGCCCCUCGACCGGAAAACUCAGCAAAGUUCUAUGCAUUCUCCACCUUUGCCAUGCAACUGAAUGAAUUGGAUAAGAACAUGGAAGAGGUCCUUCCUCCCACUGAUAGCCGCUUAAGGCCUGACAUUCGUGCCAUGGAGAAUGGAGAUAUAGAUCUGGCAAGCACAGAGAAGAAGAGACUGGAGGAGAAGCAGCGCACAGCCCAUAAAAACCGCUCUAAAUCCACAGAAGAAUGGAAAAUAAGGUGGUUUAAGCAAGGACCCAACCCUCACAACAAGGCUCAGGACUGGCUCUACGCAAAAGGCUACUGGGAUCGGAAUUAUGCUCAGCUGCCUGACAUUUACUAAAUAAAAUAUUUAUGGAUUUCCAUUUUACUACCUUUGGCCAACUGCUGCUACUCUGGUGAUGCAUUACCAGCUUAACUUUGGAUUCGGUAUGGAAGAGGGGAUUAUGUUUAAAACUCAUUCUGGGGGGAAUAAAGUAGAUCUAUGUGAACAGAAAAAGCACAAACCUCUUAACGUUUUCACUGAUGUAAAGGUAUAAGCAUGAAGUGAAAUGACUAGAACAUGCUCUAGAGCUACUGAGUGUUGGGUAAAUGGAGUGUGUAAAGAGCAACCUUAGUUUCACUCAAGUGUGUUCAUUAUUUCUAGUCAGAGAGGAGAACAUUUCACAUUUCACUCAUCAGUGUCGGUACAGUGUGUGGAAAUCAGCUCUUCCAGCUGCUUGGCCUGAGCUAAUUUCCCUUAAAAACUGCUUUGGCAUUGAUUGACGCUUGUGGAUGCAUAUCAUUAUGCAAUGCAGAUUUUAGGGUAGAUAACAGAUGUUCCUGUUCCCCACUUUUUAUGAUGAGUGGUGCAGACAUCUGGUGUUAACAUGAAUGUGUUUGAUUUUUUUUUCUGUGCUUAUAAUAAAAAAGUUGCUAUAUUUGUUAAUAUACAUAUAUCCUAGUGAACAUGUCUUAUUGCAAAACUAAUCCAUAAAGAGAACUGCUUAUACCGUGAUAGUUUGGUUUGAAAAAUAAAAUGAUGAAACAUCCUAAA